CCCACAAAAAGCUUUGCUCCAUUUGACGGCACCGUUUUGGAGUCCCUUGGGUUCCUUCAAGCUUCUGAUCGACAAACACAACACAACGGCUGGUUAGGGUUUCUUCCAACAAGCAGGUACAUGAGGCUGAGAGGGAACAAACGAGGCUGAGAAGGAGCUAACGAGGCUGAGCAGCUUCGCGUGGUGAUAUCAGAGCAAAAAGGCAGAGGUUCUUGCAGAAAUUGCCAAGUUUUUCCGAGUAAGGACGACCUGCAUAUGGUGGAAGGAGCCAGAGAAUCCGAUAAGGAAGCAGUAGUUUUCAAGGAGCAGGUGGAGAAAGCCAGACUCGUGACUAUAAAAGGAGAGGCUGUUUGGGAAUCUGGAGGUGAAGGAGAAGAGAAAAUCACCGAGUAGAGAAGAGAGCUUCGUGAAAAAGUCUAGGGUUUUCAAAAGGCAAUCUGUGCCGAAUUGUAGAGGUUCUUCUGGAGAGCUAUCACAGAGAACGAAUAAGAGACUAGGAGAGAAAUCGGGAGAAUUCGGAGCCUAAAGAGUUUCUGUGAUUGUUUUCUUAUUUGUAAUACAAUCUCUGCAUAGUCUCUUUGUCUAAUCUGAGUGUCAAACCCCACCUAGUAUGUCUCCUAUCAGAGAUGAUGAUGACUAUGAGGAUGAGGGACUGGAUGAUGAGGAACAAAUCCUUGAUGAGGAGGAUGAGUACGAGGAUGAUGAAAGUGUUAGAGGGGGUGGUUCAAGUAAGAAAAGGAGGAGAUCUGAUUUUAUUGAUGAUGCUGCGGAGGAGGAUGACGAGGAGGAAGAUGAGGACGAAGAGGAUGAUUAUGGUGGGGGAGGAAGAUCUAGGCAUAAAGCUAAGAGGAGAUCGGGCUCUGAGUUUUUUGAUCUUGAGGCUCAGGUAGAUAGUGAUGAAGAAGAGGAAGAAGAAGAUGGAGAAGAUGACUUCAUAGUGGAUGGUGGAGCUGAACUACCUGAUGAAGAUGAUGGUAGAAGGAUGCACCAUCGCCCUAUGCUGUCUCGGGAGGAUGAGCAAGAAGAUGUUGAAGCUCUUGAGAGAAGAAUUCAACAAAGGUAUUCCAGGGCAAAUCAUACAGAAUAUGAUGAAGAAACCACAGAUGUAGAGCAACAAGCUCUUUUGCCAUCUGUAAGGGAUCCAAAGUUGUGGAUGGUGAAAUGCGCGAUUGGCCGUGAGCGAGAGGUGGCUGUUUGCCUUAUGCAAAAGUACAUUGAUAAAAGAGCUGAAUUACAGAUUAGAUCUGCUAUUGCUCUUGAUCAUCUAAAAAAUUAUAUAUAUGUUGAAGCAGAUAAGGAAGCCCAUGUGAGGGAGGCUAUCAAGGGCAUGCGAAACAUAUAUGCCAAUCAGAAGAUACUGCUUGUUCCAAUUAGGGAAAUGACAGAUGUACUAUCGGUUGAAAGCAAAGCAAUUGAUCUUUCAAGAGAUACCUGGGUUAGAAUGAAAAUUGGGACAUAUAAGGGAGACCUUGCUAAAGUAGUUGAGGUGGACAAUGUACGACAGAGGGUUACAGUGAAAUUAAUACCCAGGAUUGACUUACAGGCUCUUGCAAAUAAACUGGAAGGUAGAGAAGUUGUAAAAAAGAAGGCUUUUGUCCCUCCCCCACGCUUUAUGAAUAUUGAUGAAGCUAGGGAACUGCAUAUCCGUGUGGAGCGCAGACGAGAUCCAAUGACAGGGGACUACUUUGAGAACAUUGGUGGCAUGUUGUUUAAAGAUGGCUUCUUGUAUAAAGCAGUGUCAAUGAAAUCAAUUAGCACUCAGAACAUAAAACCAACUUUUGAUGAGCUUGAAAAGUUUCGGAAACCUGGCGAGAAUGGAGAGGGUGAUAUUGCUAGUUUGUCUACUUUAUUUGCCAACAGAAAGAAAGGUCAUUUUAUGAAGGGUGAUGCAGUUAUAGUUGUCAAGGGUGAUCUUAAAAAUUUAAAGGGAUGGGUAGAGAAGGUUGAUGAAGAGAAUGUCCAUAUUAGACCAGAAAUGAAAGGCCUUCCUAAAACUCUUGCUGUCAAUGAAAAAGAGCUUUGCAAGUACUUUGAGCCUGGCAAUCAUGUUAAGGUUGUCUCUGGGGCUCAGGAAGGAGCCACGGGUAUGGUUGUUAAGGUUGAGCAGCAUGUGCUUAUCAUUUUGUCUGAUACAACCAAGGAACAUAUUCGUGUGUUUGCUGAUGAUGUUGCGGAGAGCUCUGAGGUUACAACUGGUGUUACCAAAAUUGGGGACUAUGAGCUUCAUGAUCUGGUGCUACUGGAUAAUAUGAGUUUUGGAGUAAUUAUACGUGUUGAAAGCGAAGCUUUUCAGGUUCUUAAAGGAGUUCCUGAGAGACCUGAAGUUGCACUUGUUAAAUUGAGAGAAAUCAAGUGCAAGAUUGAGAAGAAGGUUAAUGCACCAGAUCGCUUCAAAAAUCCUGUUUCAGUAAAAGAUGUUGUCAGAAUCCUAGAGGGCCCUUGCAAAGGGAAGCAAGGUCCUGUAGAACACAUAUACAGGGGUCUCCUGUUCAUUUAUGAUCGCCAUCACCUUGAACAUGCUGGAUUUAUAUGUGCUAAAGCUAGUUCUUGUGUUAUUGUUGGUGGAUCACGUUCUAACAAUGACAGAAAUGGAGAUUCUUACUCUAGGUUUGCUAAUUUCAAGGCUCCACCUCGUAUACCCCCAUCACCUCGAAGAUUUCAUAGAGGCGGUCCCACAUUUGAUUCUGGAGGAAGGCAUAGAGGUGGAAGAGGUGGACAUGAUGCUUUGGUUGGUACUACAGUUAAAAUUCGCCAGGGUCCUUUCAAGGGCUACCGUGGACGUGUUGUAGAUAUUAAAGGCCAGUCAGUUCGUGUUGAGUUAGAGUCCCAAAUGAAGGUUGUUACAGUUGACCGCAAUUUUAUAUCUGAUAAUGUGGUGGUUUCAACACCAUACCGUGAUACACCUCGGUAUGGGAUGGGAAGUGAAACCCCUAUGCAUCCUUCUCGGACUCCACUUCACCCAUAUACUCCUAUGAGAGAUCCUGGAGCAACGCCUAUCCAUGAUGGAAUGAGAACACCUAUGCGUGACCGAGCUUGGAAUCCCUAUGCACCUACUAGUCCUGCCAGGGAUAACUGGGAAGAAGCGAAUCCAGCUUCUUGGGGCACAAGUCCACAGUAUCAGCCAGGAAGUCCUCCUUCUCGGGCAUAUGAAGCUCCUACUCCCGGGUCAGGUUGGGCAAGUACUCCUGGUGGCAGUUAUAGUGAUUCUGGAACACCAAGGGAUAACAGUUCUGCCUAUGCCAAUGCUCCAAGUCCGUACUUGCCAUCAACUCCUGGGGGGCAGCCUAUGACACCAAAUUCAGCAUCUUAUCUUCCUGGCACUCCUGGCGGGCAACCGAUGACCCCAGGCACUGGUGGUCUUGAUGUUAUGUCUCCUGUUAUAGGUGGAGACAAUGAAGGACCAUGGUUCAUGCCAGACAUCUUGGUGGAUGUUCACAAAUCUGGCGAUGACAGUGCUGUAGGAGUCAUCCGAGAGGUUCUUUCGGAUGGUUUAUGUAAGGUGGUCUUGGGGCUAAGUGGUGAGGGCGAGACAGUGACUGCCCUUCCAAGUGAGUUAGAAAUUGUUGCACCCAGGAAAUCAGACAGGAUCAAGAUCAUUGGUGGUGCACAGCGUGGUGCAGCUGGUAAGUUAAUUGGUGUAGAUGGCACUGAUGGAAUUGUAAGGAUAGAUGACAGUCUAGAUGUUAAGAUAUUAGACAUGGCUAUACUGGCGAAGUUAGCACAACCAUGAUUACAAGGUGAAAAAUUAAAAAUGUUGUAAAUAUACCUCACUGGUCCAUAAUUUUGAGCAAAUUUGAGAAUUUUUGCCACUUGUGAAAGCAUUUACUAAAAUUGUGAGAGAAAAUUUUAUACUAAUCCUUCGUGGCA